AUGGCUAGUCCUGCAGUUCUAGCUUUCGAUGCUGAGGACCGCCCGCUGCGUUUUGACACCUGGCUCGAGGACCUCCAUCUGUUCCUCCAGCUCACUGCUAAGGAGGAUAUUUCGCUAUAUGAUCAUGCGUUAGGACUCGCUCCUGCUCCUGCUGCGACUGCUGACAGUACUGCCCGCUCACAGAGGCAGACUCGUGACGCCCACUCUCGCUUCGCCAUUCGCAACUCCCUGCCGGUAGAUGAGCGCGAGCACUUUGGCCAGCACAAGACUGCUCAGGCACUGUACACUGCUGUAGUUGCGCGCUACUCCUCGCCUGCCUCUACUGCGCUAGGCCGCCUCUCACUGCCCUAUAUGUUCCCAUACCUGUCCGCCUUCUCCACAGUCGCUGACCUCAUUACUCACCUCCGCACUAGUGAGACCCGCUUCCGUGCUGCCAUGCCCGCUGAGUUUCUUGCCAAGAACCCCCCCCCGCUGUGGCUCACUCUUUACCACCUGGUCACCCGUCUCCCUGACUCCCUUCGUGCGGUCAGGGACCACUUCCUUGCUCUCUGCCCCACCGAGCUCACCAUUGACCUGCUUGAGAAGCACCUGCUGGCAGCUGAGACUAGCAUAGUCGCUGUCGGUGCGUCUCGCGGCGACCCCCGCACCCCUUUCUUUGAGGGGUGUUCCCCCUCCCCUCUUCUCCCCUCUGUCGCCUCUGCUGCUACUGUCGACCUUCUUGGUGCUGAGAAGGUCGGGACUGCGUCCACUGCGAGUGGGGCGCACCGCAGCGGCAAGGGCAAAGGGGGCAAGGGGGGCGGCGGUGACGACGGGGGAGGCGGUGGUGGGGGCGGUGGCGGCGGUUGGGGUGGUGGCGGGGCUGGAGGGGCCAGUGGCAGCGGCGGGGGUGGUGGCGGCAGCGGCGGGGGUGGUGGCGGCAGCGGUGGAGGAGGUGGCCGGGGUGGGGGCGGUGGUGGUGGCGGCAGUGGACGCGGUGGUGGUGGUGGCGGUGGUGGUCGAGGUGGCGGCGGCGGCGGUGGAGGUCGUGGAGGUGACCGCACUGGUCAGACGUGUGGGAGGGCGCACACGCAGAAGCGCUGCUUCUCCCGCCUCGACGACGCCUGGCGCACUCAGUUUCCUACUGCCACUGAGCUGCCCCGCUGGUUUGAUCUGAUCAAGAAAAACAUUGAUGUCUAUGCUCUUCACUUUGAUGCUAUUCUUGGUGCCAUGUAUGUGUUGUCUGGUAGUGGAGAGGGUGACUGUUACCUGCGUGUCCCGCCCGACCCGGGCAUUAGGACCAGUGAGGCUGCCGCACUAGGUGCUAGUGUGUCUGCUGCCCCAGGUGCUGGUGAGGCUGCCGCUCUAGGUGCUAGUGUGUCUGUUGCCCCAGGUGCUGGUGAGGCUGCUGCUCUAGGUGCUCGUGAGUCUGCGCCCUCUGGUACUGCGUCUACUGAGGCACUGCACACCUUCACACUGGACUCAAGUGCUUCCCGCUGUUUCUUUCGUGACCGCACUGCCCUUGAGCAGCUUGCUCGGCCGGUUGCAGUCUCCCUCGCUGACCCCUCUUGGGGUCCGGUCAUUGCGACCUCCUCCACUGUCCUCCCUUGUCCUGCGGUCCCGUCGGGCACACUGUCAGGCCUCUACCUCCCCUCGUUCUCUACGAACUUGGUGGCGGGUCGUGCGCUCCAGGACGGGGGUGUCCACCAGUUCACCCCUGCCUACGAGCGCGUGACACACUGCACGUGUGCUCGGACGGGUCGCCACCUGGCUACCUUCACUCGGCAGCCAGGGUCGGACCUGUACACACUGACCACUGAGUCCCCUCAGGUAGCUGCGUCUGCGUCUGCGUCAGGGUUCUCCCUCCCCUCCCACCCUCGCCUGCUCCUCCCUGUCUUCCCUGUGGCGAGGGGCGCCGCUCCUCACUCCUCCUCGUUUCCCCCGACGACUGCUCCCCUGCAGACCCUCCACAUGGACGUGUGGGGCCCAGCCCGCGUCCGUGGACAGGGUCACGAGAGGUACUUCUUGAUAGUUGUUGACGACUACUCGCGCUACACCACGGUCUUCCCCUUGCGCACCAAGGGUGAAGUCCCUGAUGUUUUGAUCCCUUGGAUCCGCGCUGCCCGUCUCCAGCUCAGCGAGAGGUUCCACUCGGACUUUCCUGUCCUGCGUCUGCACUCUGACAGAGGUGGGGAGUUUUCCUCCGACCUCUUGAGGGACUUUUGUCGUGGGGAGGGCAUUGAGCAGACGUUCACGCUUCCGGCCUCUCCACAGCAGAAUGGGGUUGCUGAGCGCCGCAUUGGCUUGGUCAUGGAGGUCGCUCGUACCUCCUUGAUCCAUGCGGCUGCCCCCCACUUUCUGUGGCCGUUUGCGGUCCGAUACGCUGCGCAUCAGCUCAACCUCUGGCCCCGUGUCUCCGUUCCGGAGACUUCGCCGACACUGCGUUGGACGGGAGAGGUUGUCGAUGCGUCGGUGUUCCGGGUCUGGGGAUCUCGUGCUUUUGUCCGUGAUACGUAG